UACAAGUGUAGUAUCUGUGAAAAGACGUUUUCUAGACCCUAUAACCUACGAUCCCACCGAGCGACCCAUGCGGGGAUCAAGCCAUAUGAAUGUACAUACAAAAGUGAAACAGGAGAGCUUUGUAAUUGGAGAUUUGCACGACGUCAUGAUUUGGAACGACAUAUGAGUAGUCGACAUGCGUUUGACAAGCCAUUUAAAUGUAAAGGUUGUGGAGCCGAAUGUGGACGGAAUGAUUCUUUGAAACGGCAU